AUGUCUGGCGUUACUAUUGAAAGAGUCAGUGAAGAUUAUAUUCGUUUUUCAUUUACUAAUGGUUCAUUGGAUGUUGUCAUUCGACUUGGUGACUUAAGUCAAGAACCAUGUGAUGCUAUUGUUAAUCCUACAAAUUCAUAUUUGAUUCCCGAUGGAGGAUUAGAUGCUCGUGUACAUGAAAAAAUGGGUCAAUUUUUUACAGAUCAAGUCGUUGCUCUUCAUAAAGAUAUGCAAGCAAAUGCAUGUCCAAUGGGACAAUCACGUAUUUUUAUUGGAAAAUUUAAUCGUGAACAAAAUGAUGCACGUUUUGUUAUUAGUACUGUAGGUCCAGUUUAUACAGAGUCAGAGAUAGAACGUGCUGGUUUUUUUUUGCAAUCAUGCUAUUAUACGUCGUUGGCGCUUGCAAAUAUUUAUCAACUUACUUCAAUUGCAUAUCCAGCAAUAUCAUGUGGAGCAAAUCAUUUUCCUCCAGAUGAAGCAGCUCGUGUGGCUAUUGAUUCAAUACGACGAUUUUCACAUAAUGUAAAAGAUGUUCGAUUUGUUUUGUUAGAUCGUGCCAUAUUCGAUGUUUUCGUUCAAGAAUGGACUGAUUAUGCGCAACAAGUAAAUAAAGAUGCAAAUAAGAUUGAUCAAACUAGUGAUGAUCAAAGUGAACCACCAAAAACACCAUCACCUGUAUCACCAAAACUAACAGUUCGUACUUGUGUUCUUUGUAAAAAACAAGAAUUACCUGUUGAUCGAGAAACUUUAUGUCCUAAUUGUUCUCAGUUGGAACGUCCAGAAGUAUUUAAACUUUUUUUAUCAAAUUUACGUACAUCUAGUGAAAAAUCAUAUGAUACACUUGUGCAAGAAUGUCAAUUAUUAAAUCCAGUUUUGAAACUAUAUGCACUUAUUUAUACUCCAGCUAAAGUAUUUGAUCCAAAUACUUAUACCCGUGAUGUGGUUUCUGAACAUUAUUUAAAUCGAUAUUGUGAUAAACAUUAUCGCAAUUCUAUACCACUGUCAAUUGCAGGUGACGGAAAUUGUUUUUAUAAUACAUUUGUUGUAUUAGCAGGAACAGGUUUAACUACUGAUGGAUCUGUUUUAACAUCUAUUGAACUUCGAGCAAGAAAUGUUGUUGAACUUGUUCUUAAUCUGGAAGUAUAUAGAUCUCAAUAUGCUCAUUAUUUGGCUAUUCUUGAUCCAUUUGAAGAGUAUGUUAGAACAGAAAUGGUGCGUGAUACGAAUUAUGUAGCUGUUUGGGAUCUACUCAGUAUACCAACUGUAUUGAAUAUUCAUUUAACUUGUGCUUAUCCGAAAGUCAAUGGUGAUGAAGAUUUAAAUUGUCGAUAUCUCAAUAAUGCUCAAUUUAUGCCAUUGGGAGAAAAUCAUGUUGCUACUAAUCCAGAGAAGAAACCAGAAACAUCGUUGAUAGUAAAAGAAGUUAGACUACUUUUUUCUCAUUGCAAUAGACCACCCGUCACUGGAUUUUCAAAAGAAAAAAUAACAUGGAUACCUAAUCAUUUUGUACCUCUUCUUUCUAUCAAGUAA